UUAUUUGCUGUAAAAAUAAAUCAAAGCUUCCUGAAAAUGCUGCCCUGUCGAGAACACUGUGCAGUAGCAGGAGGGUCUAUGUGCCACAGGACACCAGGGACUCCCCCAGCCCCACGGGCCGUAUUCCAAAGCUCCAAUCAAGCUGCAGUAAGUCUCUGCACAAGGGUGAGUUGCUUUGUGUGGGCAAGACCUCCUCCUCCUGAAUGGCCUGCUGUUUUUCAUACAUCCUUCAGGUGCAUCCUGUCAGAUAUUUCUAAGUGCUGAGUGCUUAAAGCGAUGCUGAUCAUAUGCAUUUGGCCUCCUGCCCACAGGAUACCAGGCUAAAGGUGAAGACAACCUUUAUCUGGAAGCCUUAGAUAAAGUCUCACAGCUAUUUAAAAAUUCCUUUGUGUCUUCUGCUCUUGAAAGUAGAACAUUGCAUGUGUAAAGUGCAUGCUUAGCGUCGGCAACGAACCAGGACAGAAAUGCGAAACAAAAAUGUGCUUGUAGUUGAAAGAAGAACAGAAAAGUUGAUUAAUAUAUGUAGUAGGAAGAAGCUUGAGGCUUGUCAAUCCAUCAGUCUUUCACAACCAGGACUGUUGCAAUGUUCUGCAAAAUUACUCCAAAAAGCCUAUGAGCAGGGGAAGGAAUCAAUGUGGUUAUGAACCCUGAGGUGCAAGUAUGACCCUCCCCAUGGUCUGACAUGCGCUGACCUCCGGCCUUGCUGUAAACACAUCCCUAAUAAUAGGGCUCGGAGAGGACUGGAUACAGCGCUGGAUGUGUGCUGUGGACACAGAAGUAGGAUGUCCUAGGCAGGAUAUCCUGAUACGAGAGCCACUCUGGGAUAAACCUUUAACCUCUGGAGGGGGAUAGGGCAUGGUGCCAGCCUCUCUUCUGGGAACGUUUUGCAAAUACACAAGCACUCUGCUUUCUUCCAAGGAUCGCAUCAGCUGCUGAGAAAGAUGCACAGGAACCUGGAAUGAUAAAUAACUCCAGCAUCUUUUAAAAUCACUUUGCUUUCAGCGAAGAGACAUGGGGAUUCACAGGUAACUAGUUGCUAGCAGGCUGCAUUUACAUGGUGGAUAACCAAGUGGUAACGAAGAAGCCCAUAGAUAGGUCUAUAAAGGGUGGUAUAUAAACUAUAUAUAAACUGGUUUUGCCUUUGCCUUCAUGAGGAUGUUGACCAAUGGAUUUAAGUAACUGCAUUUCCGCUGACCACAGGACAGUUCUGGUCCAGAAUCCUCUUUUCCCUCCACUACUGUCAUGAAGCACCACUUCAGGGCAUGGGAGCACCCUCAGGUCCCCACAGUCAGCACUGCUGCCAGCACAGAGAAACCCUGAAACAGCACAACCAGCAGAGCCAGUGGGUUCAGAUGCUGCGGAAAAAGCUGCUUGCUUGAUCCCAGACCCUGAGCUGAUGACUUAUUCUACAAUUAAAGUUUAUAGUAGCUUCCUUCUUUUAUUUCUCUUCCAUAGCUAGGCUUCUGUUAAUUUUGUAGGGUCAUAGGACCAGUUACAAAAACUAGAUGAGUACAGCAAGAAUAGUUCUAUUUAUACAUUACCUAUGGUAAGAAUGGGAAAGAUGCUGACAGCUGUAUUGUCUUCACAAGCCCAGGGCUGUAAGAGGGGACACUAUAUAUCAGGUAAAACUGUUCAACUGGAAAUGAGGCAGCUCAUAAGAAGUUACACUGCAAUAUAUGCCUACCAGUUUUCAGCAGCACAGAAAGAAGGUGGUCAUGCUUAGCAGGCAAUAAAGGUCUAAGGAGUAUAUAUAUACACACAUAUAUAUAUGGGAAAGGAAUUAAAGGAGGCAAAAAGAAAAAAUUAAUUGGGAAGGAUGCACAUUAUGUUUUGUGGUUUGGUUGUUGGUAUUUUUAAACAAUAGUAUUUUGGGAAAAUCUCCACCUUAAACCGUUAUAUUAUUUCAGAAAUAAAGCCCAAGCCCAUUAGCUUUAGCCUUGAUAGUCUGAGGCUAACCAAACUUCCAAGAAAAUAAAGGAAAAUUAUUACCUUCCAGUAACUUGCACUGGCACAGGUUUCAGUUUUCCUUUAGCAAGUACUUAUUGGAAGAUUUUUGCUUCUGUAUUUUAUAGUUUCUAGCAAGCAACUGCAGAUAAAAGCAGAAGCAGCUGGACCGAAGGACAGCAUCGCCUAACACAACUUCUAUGCGAGAAAGAAAUCCAUGUCCAAGGUCUCUAUCGCACGGCACUUGGAUCAAAUGAUGUCAUCGCCUUCCCAGUUGUUUUAACGUCAUUAGCCGUACACGUUUUGUGUGGUGAAGAGAAACAAAAUACAGGAUUUCCUGUUCUGCUACCACUCUACUGGGCUGCAGAUGCCGGCAGGAUCCCAGCGCUCUGAAAACAUGUGGAAGUUUAACAAGGAGUCGCUGGGGCUGGGAUUGCUGCGAGAAUUGGUAGGAAAUAAAAGCAGAAAGCUUGCUCCUCCUGCUGUGUAGCAUGGAUGUCACCCCCCUGAAGGAUGGGAGUCACAGGAAGAAACUCUUCACCUGCUUUAAUUGCCCCAUGAGUGAAGAGACUCAGCCAAGAUGGAGAGCAACGCGUCCUCCGGGAACUGUACCAACCCCCAGAUGUCCUUCCAGUCCACCCUGUACGCCACCACGUACACCCUCAUUUUCAUCCCUGGCCUCCUGGCAAACAGCGCUGCCCUGUGGGUCCUGUGCCGCUUCAUCAGCAAGAAGAGCAAAGCUGUCAUUUUCAUGGUCAACCUGGCUGUGGCUGACCUGGCCCAUGUCCUCUCGCUGCCCUUACGGAUGUAUUACUACAUAAACCACAGCUGGCCAUUUGGAAGCUUUCUGUGCCAGGUGUGCUUCUACCUGAAGUAUCUCAACAUGUACGCCAGCAUUUGCUUCCUCACCUGCAUCAGCAUCCAGCGGUACCUCUUCCUCCUGCAUCCCUUCAAAGCCAAUGACUGGAAACGGCGGUACGACGCAGCUAUCAGCGCUGCUGUCUGGCUCUUCGUUGGGGCAGCUUGCUUACCCCUGCUUGUAGUGAGGAGCCCAGCCUUGUCCAACAACAUAAACACGUGCUUCUCGGACUUGGGGGUGAAGCAGCUCAGCCCAGGAGCCUCCAUUGCAAUGGUGACAGUAGCAGAGCUGUUUGGGUUUGUCAUCCCCUUCAGCAUCAUUGCCUGCUGCACUUGGAAGAUGUGGCAGUCCCUGCGGGAGGGCCCAACUCAGCUGCAAAACACCAGUGAGAAACAGAAGGCUUUGCGCAUGGUCUUGAUGUGCGCGGCUGUCUUCUUCAUCUGCUUCACCCCCUACCACAUCAACUUCCCUUUCUUCAUGAUGGUGAUAGAGAACAUCAUCCAGGACUGUGCUAUUCACAGGAGCACGCUCCGCUUCCACCCCAUCUCCCUCUGCUUGGCGAGCCUCAACUGUUGCCUGGAUCCGGUCCUCUACUACUUCAUGACCUCCGAGUUCCAGGACCAUCUGCUUCACCACAGCUGUGUCACCCUGCGAGCCUGGUUCACACGCCGCGGGAACCUCUCCAUCGCUGAAACCAGCCACGACAUUCGCAUGAAGAGAAACCUUCCACGCCUCAAGUUUUUGUCUCUUCCCAAGUUCUUUGGCCGAAUAAACAGCAUGGAAAUCCCUGCCAUGCCACCUGACGAGCUUCUGCUGGAGUCCAUCUCUUGAAAAGCAUAAGCCAGUUUCUGUCCCUGUAGGUGCUUCUCAUAGCUCAAGUGAAGAUUGUGUUAGGUCUCCAAAUGUGUCAUUACCCUUGUGUGCAGCAGAUGACAGAACCUGACCUAGAAGGAUAUUUCGAUGUUGGUUGAGUUGUUGCUGCUGGGGAGUAUUUGUCUUACAUAGUUCUCUGUUGUGAUGUUAAAGUACCCAAAACAGCUGUCAUGAUGCCAGUAAUUCUCCUGUGCUGAGCCGCAGCCAGGUUCAGAUCCCUCAUUUCUCUUGUUUGAAUGCUUCUACAUAUUUGUCAUUUUGGAACAUCCUUCUGAAUCCUGAGGUGUAAGCAGGCAGCUCAGCCUCAGCACAGCUCAGGCAGGAAGCACUGGAGGAGUUUUGGACCCCCAGCUGCACAUACCUGUGGCUCACAAUGACUUAAAGCAUCCUCCAUGCUCUCAUGAGGCUCUAGAUCAGGACAGUUCAUUAUCUCCAUGUAGAUUGAACCUAUUCUCAUUGCAAAAAAAUCAAUCACUUCUACCUAACCUAGACCGAAACACUAUAACUUUACCAACAUAUAUCAAGCAAAGAGUAUUAACCUCUGUCCACAUCAGCAUUGAAGGGAGUUUUCAGACAAACUGGGCUCAGUUCCCACUACUGAAAAAGGGACUCAGAGCCAAGCAAAGGAGUCCACCUGGCCCUUGGGAGCUAUGGGAUGCUCAAGUGACUAUGAGGGGGUGACUACUUGGAAGACAGACAGUGACUGGAUAUCCCAUGAAAAAAGAGGAAGGAUGAAGGAUGUCUCCCAGAGGACAUUUACUUGCAGACACCCAAGGCAUGCCACGGAAGGGAGGAACAGUAGUUGGUGUUGCCAUGUCUUCUGUUGUUAUUAGGAGCCUUGUGUUAUUUGGCAUUUUGCUAAAGCCUGUGGUUGCAGAUUAAGAUGCUAUCCAAGCCUCUCAGUUUUGCUUUAAAAACCAGAAAAGGUCCCAGCCUUCACUGGGUACUGAGAAAAGUUUACAAAGCUGACCCAACGGCGUCCUUAAAGCUUCCAACUCGGGAGGAAAUAAAAUGAUCUCAACCCAA